AUGGCCACAUCGUUGUGCUUGGCUGGGGCGAUGAGAGCAGCGGUGGUGGUGGCGCUCUGCACGACAUCAUGGUCCUGCCCAGGCUCCAUCGAUGGUGGGGACGAUGAUCGAGGACGCCGGUCACCAACAUCACCAACGCAGAGUAGUUCUAUUUCAGGUCCACACCGCCGCCGCCUCCACGCAUCCGGCGGCUACCGUGGUGCAACCCACCGCCUGCAGCCAUGUCCGCACAGGGACGAGGUCAUCAAGGGAUGGCGAAGGACUGAGCUUGCUGUACUUAGCGCGGGGUGUGCGAAGGGCAGGGAAAGGGAUGGGAAGCUAUGGUGCAACCCGCCGCCUGCAGCCAUGUCCGCACAGGGACGAGGUCAUCAAGGGAUGGCGAAGGACUGA